GGCGGGGAGGGCUGGGAUAUAUAUCAUCGAAACCCAUCAGAUAUCCUGGAUUGUGUGGCUUGUCAAGUCAAGUGAUGUUUUGUUUUCACAACCCAUAUUAGCAGCACUGGUAGCUGUAGAAGCGGUGCUUAGCUAGAAAGCUACCAGUAGUAAAUAAAAAAAAAGGACUGGCUUCUCUACUUCAAACCAAUAUUUGCGUUUGUUUAUUUUACUGUCUGUGCAUAUUUUAAUAACACAAGCGAGGCACACUGGAUCCGAUUACAUUUCAAUGGACAAGCUGUCAAAAACAGCCGCUGAUGCGACGCGGGAGAAGGAGUUCUGUCCACCAAGUGGAGUGUUUACUGACAGCCUGUCACAUACAUCUUAUAACGAGUAUCCUGCUCGCUGUCCCCUCAUCAACACAUAUGUGCGUCACACUCCUCAAGCACGCACACAUCAGUCAUUCCGCCCAUCAUCACCAAGCAAGGCAUUCCCAGAGACCAGCAGUGCAGCGAUCCUCUCUGCCCUGAGGAACCUCCAGGAGAAGAUCAGGAGGUUGGAGUUGCAAAAAGGCAAAACUGAAGUAAAUAUGCACACUUUAGGGAAAGAUGGGUCACACAUGCAUCAGCAGAGUGAUAAAGUCACAAGGAGGCUUUUUAAUGAUCAGACCGACACAGCGAAAGAGAAAAGGGGCCAGUCCAACUGCAAUCAAGUGUUAAUCAGCCACCUGGCUGCUGCAGAGUCUCGCUGCGUGAAGCUGGAGCGACAGCUGGAUUACAUGAGAGGGAUGCUGCGCAGUGCUAAGGCAGACAGGACCAGCCCUCUCACACAGCAGGUUUCCAUGGAGACAGCUAAAUCAGCUGAUAAACAGUCCGGUACAGUGUCUGAGCAACUCCAGUUGGAAAAGCUGGAGCGACUGGAGCUGGAGUAUCGGCGGCUGACACGCACACAAAACGACGCUGAGUUGAAGAUCCGGGAGCUGGAGAUGAAACUAGAGGAGGAGGAGCACCAAAGAAAGCUGGUUCAGGAUAAGGCAAAGCAGCUGCAGACAGGUUUGGAGGCCAAUAGGAUACUGCUGCAGUCAGUGUCACCCUGCCUGUCGUCCAGACAGUCUAAAGAGAAGAACUGUGAAUCAAAGAAAGCAUCACCACAGGAGUCGUCCUGUACACAACCACACUAUAGACUGAGCCUCAGAGAUGUUCCUUUUGUUGCUGGAACGUCAGUGGGCUGCAGCCACUCAGUCCGAGCAAACGUCCAGUCAGUUCUGUCUCAACUGAAACGUCACCAGCCACACCUCUGCAACAGCCGAGUCCUAUCCAACAACAAGACAGGGAGUCGUAGAAAUUCAGACUCUUCCUCUACUUCCUCCUCUGCUAGCGAAGAGGAGCUUUCAGAGCUGCUGCAAGCUCUGCAGGAGGAGCUGCGACUCAUGAGCUUGGAUCAGGAAGAGUUGAUGAGACAGGUGGAGGCGAGUGUGUCUUCAGAGGAAAGAAAAGAGCUUCAGAGGGAGCAGGAGACACUGCUGCUGAAGAUGGAGAGGAAAGGAGAGCAGAUCAGAAAGCUCUACAGACACAAAACACAGGUAAAGAAGUUUAGAAAGGAGGCUGGUUCUAAGUGCAAUGAGGUGAGAGUGACAACCACAGUGUCCACUAGAGGUCGCUCUGCAGGAUCUGUCAAUGUUCGACCAGGAGAGAGAAGCAAAAGAAACCUGCGGCUGCUGAGGGACAUGAAGGCUCUGCAGACCUCUUUAAGAACCUGAAAACCCACCAGGACUUGAAAACAGCUUCUGGGUUAAUAAUCUGGACCUGUGGACAUGUAUUAGUGGAGAGAUGUCAGAGUGGGGCUGCUACACACUGCUACGCAGGGAGCGCACCAGAGCUGUUGGGGGUUCGCUGCCUGGCUCAAGGGCACCUCGGCAGUAUACAGGAAAAUGCCCUGGCACCUCUCCAGCUUCCAUAUUAUGGUCCGUAUUGGGAGUUGAACCGGCUACCUCGGGUUCCCGACCCAAGUCCCUACAGACUGAGCUACUACUUUUAACAGCAGUUUGAAAUAUCAAAAUAAAGUUUUUAAUUAAUUAUCAAACCAUUUUUUUUAGUUUUACUUUACUUUUUGGGGUAUUCAGCCUGGUGUUCUCCUUUUUUUUUUCAACUACAGGUUUAAAUGUUUCACCAGCAGAGGGCAUAAACUCUCAAAAUCACAGCUCAGCUUUCUGAAGACGCAAUCUGGCAGGACCAAAGAAUUUCAUUUAGGUUUCAUUUAGACCUCUGGGUAUCGACAGAUUAUAUGGUAAUAAAAGACUCCAAGAAGAAAAAAAAAAUGUUAUAUCAUGUUUAAUAAAGUCCAAGAUAUCCCUUGCUGCAGAAAAUCUCCUGGUUUUGCUUGAUAGUCACAAAAGUAAAAAAAAAAAAAAAAAAAAA